AUGGCGUCAUUGAGCUACGACAAGUUAGCGUGUUCGCCUGCAAUAAGGGCAAUUGCAGUUCGCUGGAGGCGACGUUGGCGCAAUGCGAUGCUGACUUGCUGCUUCCGUGGAGGGAUGAUCCUGCGGUUCACCAAAUUUGAGCAGGUGUUGGCACAGGACUUGCGCGACGUGCUGCACCCCGAGCUGGCUGGCACGUGGAAUUUGCACGAGGAUUUGCACGAGGUGAUUCCUUGCAGGCCAAUUAUGACGCUGCGUGCACAUUCCAGUAAGCGUUUGUGCGAUGGCGUAGCUGCAGGGGACAACCCGCGCAUGCCAUCAACUUGGGCAUGGUGGAUGCGGGUUCUGCACACGAGCGCCCAGGCGAAAUAUCAGGAACUAGACCCUCGUUUUGCACGCCUAUGGCUACGGACGGGGUUAUCAGAGCUUGGCGAUGGGGUGAUGGAGCCUGCAGAGGAAAGCCAGUCUGCAGCAGAGCCUGGGCCAGGUAUCGCUGGAGGUGUUAACGACGAUCACACGGGCCAUCCUGCAACAGAUGGUCAUGAUCCUGGGGGUAGCUAA